AUGGGAGAAGAAGUUAAGAAAUUAACACCUAAUGGUUGUAUUCAGUGUCCUGCCUAUAAUAUAGUAGCUGAUAUUUCUACCUCUCAAGAUGGUUCCAAAGAGGAUGUCAUGUUCAAUUACGAAAGUAAUUUUGUAUAUGCUAAUGUAGAAAAUUUUGAUGAUAAUGAAAAUAUCGUUAAUUUAACUCAAAACGAUGAUGCAAAUAUGAACAAUGAUAGCUGUAGUGACAAUUUAUAUGAAGGCAAAGAUAGCAGAAAUAAGAAUAGUUUAAAUGAAGCUAAGAAUAAAGAUGAUUGGAAUAAAGAUAAAGAAAAUGAUAAAAGUGAAUAUUCAAAUGAAGUUUGGAGUGAAGAUAGAAGUGAAUAUCUGAAUGAAGAUUGGAAUAAAAGUAACGUUAAUAAUUCAAGUCACUCUGAUGAGCAAUUUAAUAUGAAUAAAAAAGAUACAUAUUUCAAUAAUGAAGUAGAUACAUAUUAUGAUGAUGAA